AUGGACGACUUUUUCCGAAAUCAGCAGACUCCCCGCGCCGACCCCCAAGUGACCGGCAGCGGCGCUUUCGUGUCGCCGCCGCGCAACAACGGGCCUCUGCUCCCGCGCCGGUUCACUACUGACUCCGGUCGUGUACCAACAUUGUCAUCAAUUACCACUAUUCCGCGCGCCGCCCCCGAACCGCAAGACUUCGGUUCGACCACGGCUAUGCACAAAGUUCAAUUGCUAGAAAAGAAAAGGUUGGAUUACGAGCGGCUUCGGGAGCAUAGGCGGCGCUUCGAGGCCGAGAUCCACAAGCUGGACGCCCAGCAGCGGCUUGAGGAGAGGGAGCUUCACAAGAUGCAAGAGGACUUGGCCACUCGGUACGGGGGGCAUCAGUCAGAGCCGACAACGCCCCCGGAGUACCGUGAAACUAGCGGCUUCCCUUCGAUUUUCUCCAGGCCGAAUCGCUAUUCCACCUCGAGUCUCGCGUCUCCGCCAGGCAUCUUCAACAACCGACCAGGUCGGUCCGGCUCGCUCCUCACGUCGCCGCUUUCCGGCACUCUGCCGUCCCGGUUCCCCUUUGACGACGCCCCGUCCCACUCGGUGCCGAGCUCGAGGAGGAACAGCGACGAGGAUGAGAAAGAGGAGGCUGUUCGCCAGGACCCCACAAGCCAUCGUUCAACCAAUGCACUAAACCGAUAUUCCAUGCCCGUGACUCGGUCCCGGACCUACUUGGCCGACAUUGGCCUCGAGGACAGCAACAACACGACUGGUUUCCUGUUCGGAGACGAGGACUCGGCCCCCCCAGAGGCCAGGACGACUCCCACGACCCAGGUUGGGAAUAACGACUCGUUCCCAUCCUUAUUCCGGCAACAGGCAUAUCCAAACAUGUCUUCUGCUUCUUCUUCCGCUGCCCCCAACCUCACCCUCUCCCAGACCUCUGGGCAAGAACAUCGUCCUUCAAACGGCUGGAACAGCAUUAACAAGCAUCGUUACCAGCAGAAUAUGACCACCAUGGGCUCCAACCAGCACAGCGGUGGUGCGUCGCUCGGUUCGCCGUCCGAGGCCAGUACUAUGGGGAACAGCCGCCCGGCCAAUGUACGGCACUCGAUUGACGGCAUGAAGCUCUUCCCGGAAGCCACGACUGCAGCGCUGGAUGCACCGGUCACCUCGGUCGUCUCAUCGCCUACCGCCCACAUCAUGACUUCCCCUCCGAAGCUGCACCAGUCAUAUUCGGCCAACGACGUGCCGACUGUCAAGCCCAACGGCACUACUGGUCUGGGUGUCAACGCGAACAACCACGCCCAGCAACAUUUCCACAACCACAAUGCCAGCAUUGGCCGCAUCCCCGCUGGUGUUAUGGCCGGUCGUCAUAACCGCGAGCUCUCCUCGGAUGCCUCUGCGGCUAAUGGCCGCGAGUCUUCCAACUACCCGUCCAUCACGUCGACCCUGCAAGCUAGCGCGGCGCCAUUCGGGCCUACCCCCGCUCAGCAGCAGCACUCUUCCUCUGCUGCGCCGCCGGCCGUGUCCGCACCCGCUCCCGGGAUGCCGUAUCAGUACUUCCCCACAAACACCGGCUACAAUGCCAUGAGCGGCCCGCCCACUGCUGGCUACAACUCCCUCCCGAUGCUCAUGCAGAACAUGUCGGUUGGCAACGGCAAUCCCCCGGCCAUGUAUUCGCAACAGAACUUCACCGGCUACAACCCGCUUUACAAUCAGGCGCCGGCUCCUCGCCCGCACCAGGACAGCCAGGCUCGCGUCAUCCAGAGCCGCCGCCAGAUGGACAGUGAAGCCAUGGCUCGGUUCAACAAUCUGCCUCUUGAACAGGUUGGCGGCACCAUCUACUCCCUCUGCAAGGACCAGCACGGUUGCCGCUACCUGCAGAAGCAGCUGGAGAACCGCAUCCCCGACCAGAUUCACAUGAUCUGGCUCGAGACCAACCAACACGUGGUGGAGCUGAUGACCGACCCCUUUGGCAACUACCUCUGCCAGAAGUUGCUUGAGUACUGCAACGAUGACGAGCGCACUGUCCUGAUCCAGAACUCCACGACAAACAUGGUAACGAUCGCCCUGAACCAGCAUGGUACUCGAGCCCUCCAGAAGAUGAUCGAGCAUGUGACCACGCAGGUUCAAAUCAACCUGAUCGUUGAGGCCCUCCGAAACCAAGUUGUCGAACUCAUCCAGGAUCUCAACGGCAACCACGUCAUCCAAAAGUGCCUGAACAAGCUCAGCGCUGCCGAUGCCUCCUUCAUCUUCGACGCUGUUGGCAAGCACUGCGUCGAAGUUGGCACUCACCGCCAUGGCUGCUGCGUCCUCCAGCGCUGCAUUGACCAUGCCGAUGGUGCCCAGAAGAUCUGGCUCAUUGAGCGUAUCACCGACCACGCCGUCACCCUAGUGCAAGAUCCCUUCGGCAACUACGUGGUCCAGUACAUCAUUGACCUCAACGAGUCUACCUUCACGGAGCCCCUCGUUAAGCAGUUCCAGGGCCGCAUUGGCCUGCUCUCCAAGCACAAGUUCAGCUCCAACGUCGUCGAGAAGUGCUUGCGCUGCGCUGGCGAAUCGUCUCGGGACCUGAUCGUUUCGGAACUCUUGAACCCCGGCGAGAUUGACCGCUUGCUUCGCGACUCGUUCGGCAACUACGUGAUCCAGACCGCCCUCGACUAUGCGACUCCCAUGUCCAAGCACCAGCUCAUCGAGGCUAUUCGCCCUAUCCUCCCCAGCAUUCGCGCGACUCCCUAUGGUCGCCGCAUCCAGGCCAAGAUUCAGACCCACGAUACCCGCACAGGCCCGAACAACACCGGCCAAGUACUGCCGACCGACCCGGCUGGCGGUCAAAUCUCAAUCCGCCCGGCUCAUAACCGUGCCAUGCCCAAUGGCGCCUCAAUUCUCGCGACCGGGGCCUACGCCAACGGCGUGAAUGGGGCCCACGGCGCCGGCAUGAACGGCGGCCACGGAGCGGGCGCCAUGUAUCCGAGCAGCGCGGUUAUCGCCGUCCCUGCUCCGCAGAGCCAGGCCCCCCUACAGCCGCCGCGUGCACAGCAGUUCCCGCCUCAAUACAACGGCCCCAUGGGGAACGCUGAGAACGGUGAAGCCCAGUGGGUCUAA